UUUGAUGGGUUUCACACAUACUGCAGGUAUAGUGUAUGUGGGCCUCGAUGGAAAUGUGAGUGAGGUUGUAUAAAUAUUUGUGCAAGUAUUUAUGGUGGUAGAAUGAUUGGAAUUUCUCCUUACAAAAUGUUUACUUCUCUUUUUACCACUCUCCCUGGUUUAUCCCUUAAUGCAUUUAUCACAUUAUUUCCAAAGCUUAUGCUCUGUAUGGAAGUUGUGAAAAAGAAGGGAUAAAAGAGAAAAUAAUUAAAGAGGAAAAUAUGGGAGAUUUGUAAGAGAAAAUUACUAAUUGCAAUAUUUUGUUUCGCUUUUCCUAUUUUUUUUUUCCUUCUCAAACCAAACAAGAAAAUGAUUUUUAUCCUGAACUUUCCCUUCCUUCCCUCGUUUUACAGCCAGAGUGCCAGCAUUAGGUUCAACAUCAGCAAUUUUUGUAUUCUAAAGAAAAUUUUCCCAAAAAUUCAAUAUUUUAUUGUUUCAUUUUUAAGGUCAUUUGGUCCUGUUUUACUUUCUCAAAUAAGUAUUUAAAAAAUAAAAAUCUAUUUUCAAGUUUAAAAAUAAUGAAUUUAUGAAAAUACUUUUUAAAUUUUUUAAUCUUUUUUUUUAGAAUUUGAUAGAUCUUACCAAGCAAGGUUCAUAUUGUAUAUUUUUUUGAUUUUAGUAAAUUUAUAUUAUUUUUAAACUUAAAAAUUACAAAUAAAUUUAAGGGGAUAAGCUGGAUCACACCUUUAAUCCACGAUUAGGCCUGUUCCCAGUUCCACCGCUCUCUCCACUUCUCUCCUCGGCCAAAUUCCAGACCCACCUCCACCAAACCAGAUUCAACCAACGCCGCCGUCGUUGGCCGUCCGCCGCCUAUUCCACGAUUGAUUAUCUAUCUCUCAUAGAUUCACCAAACUCUGAUUCAUUAGUGUGAUAAAUUUCACCCCCGUCAUGAGCUGGUUCAGGCGCUCCAAAUUCGCCAUCAAUUCAAUCCGAACCUUUUCCUCAAGAACUCUACCCAAAACCCCAAUACCCAUUUUCAAAACCCUAGCUUCUUCUCAUUUCGUCCCGAAACAGCAGAUACCUAUUUACAAUCCCUUCCUCGUAACCUCCAAACGACAUUUCUCCUCCUACUACAUCGAUCGAAACCAGGUCCAGCAUUUCCGCCCGCGCGGGCCCCGCCGCUGGUUCCAAAACCCUAGAACCGUCCUAAUCGUGGUCCUGGUAUCCUCGGGGGCGUUCGUCACCGUCUACUUCGGUAACCUCGAAACGGUGCCGUACACGAAGCGAAAGCACUUCAUUCUCUUAUCCAAAACCCUAGAGAGACAGCUGGGAGAGUCCCAGUUCCAGCAGAUGAAGGCGUCUUUUAAGGGAAAAAUCCUGCCCGCUAUCCACCCGGACAGCGUUCGGGUCCGGCUGAUCGCGAAGGACGUGAUCGAGGCGUUGAAGAGGGGGUUGAGGCAGGAGGAGGUAUGGAGCGAUUUAGGGUACGCGGCGGUGGAGAGCGGCGGAGAAACCCUAAGUGGGAAGGAGGAGACUAUAAUGGCGUUGAGUGAGAGUGAUGGUGAUGAGGUGGGGAAGUGGGGCAGGGAGGAUGAGGUUCUUGAUGAUAAGUGGGUUGAGGAGAGCAGGAAGAGGGGGAAGGAGAGCGGGUCCCGCUCAGCCGUUUCGCAUUUGGAAGGGUUGAAUUGGGAGGUUUUGGUGGUGAACGAGCCCGUCGUGAACGCGUUUUGUUUGCCCGGUGGGAAGAUUGUUGUGUUCACCGGGUUGUUGGAGCAUUUCAGAACUGAUCCUGAGAUUGCUACCAUUAUUGGGCAUGAGGUUGGGCAUGCAGUGGCGCGGCAUUCGGCUGAGGGGAUAACGAAAAAUCUGUGGUUUGCGAUAUUGCAGUUGAUUCUUUAUCAGUUUGUUAUGCCCGAUCUUGUCAACACAAUGUCGACGCUUUUCCUAAGACUUCCUUUUUCGCGAAGGAUGGAAAUUGAGGCAGAUUACAUUGGGCUACUGUUGGUUGCUUCAGCUGGGUAUGACCCUCGAGUGGCGCCCAAAGUUUAUGAGAAGUUGGCCAAGGUCACAGGGGAAUCAGCAUUGAGAGAUUACCUUUCUACUCAUCCUUCUGGAAAGAAGAGAUCUCAACUACUAGCUCAAGCCAAAGUUAUGGAAGAAGCUAUGACAAUUUAUCGGGAAGUGCAAUCAGGACGAGGAGUUGAAGGUUUUCUUUAAGGCUGCACGCAAUAGAUGCCAACAUGAAUGUGCUGUCAAUCUGAAAGGCACAACUUGCUUAAUAGAAGAAUGCAAAAUGUGAGAGCUCAAACAAAUGGGCAAGGCCAAGGUCAAAACCCUCAACAGCAGAAUUUUAAGGUAAAGCCCAUGUCUUCCACAAACUCUCUAUAGCAUCACCUGACUUACAAAGCAGUAGCUCAAAUAUUUCUGUGAAUUGUUUCAUGUUGUUCAUGCUUUGGCAUCCUGCUCUCUCUCUCUCCCCCUCUCCACUUAUCCGUUAUGCUCUCCCUCUCCUCUCAUCAGUAUGAGCAAUGGAUGUACGCUAGCGUCACUGGUGACGCCAUAGCUAAGCUAGUGGGGUCGGCCGACCCCAUGGCAAAAAAUUAAUAUGCUACUACUAGUAUGAUAUAGAAAUCGGUUGGCCAGUAUAUGAACCCAUUAACAAUUGAUAUGAUCCCACUCUAGCGACAAAUUCAGGGUAUACGCGCAUCUCGAUUAAUUCAUGGAAAUUCAAUCCCAUCGUCCACUAAGACGGGGUCCAAUUAAAGCCAAAACAAUACCCUCCCUGUAUGAUCAAACUCAUAAGAGUUGAUAGUGCUUGUGAAGUUUCGAAUAUGAGGCCUAACGUUUCAAAGCUAAGCCCGAUUAAAGCCAGGACAAUGCCCGGAGGAUCUAACCCAUUGAUAUCACAUGAGAGGUUUCAAACAUGAGGCUUUAGGAAUGGACAAUACACUGUUUUUUUUUUUUUUCAAAAAAUAAGCAAGAAAAUUGCAUCGCCUUAGAAUUGUUUGAGAUAAUUUAAAGUGCGAUGUUUUGAAACUUUAAAGAUUGAAUUGGCCAAUAAUUAACAAUGUUAGGAAUUGGUUGAAUGUGAGUCAAACUUGAGAAAAUUUCCGACCCCAUGAACUAAUAUUCCUGGAGUUGCCACUGGCUAGCGUAUUGUGAUGAAUUGCUAGUGUGCAUAGCGCCACAUGUAUCAUAUUGGAUCUUCAACAAGGGACAACGGUCACAUUCUUAAGAGCAUCUUCAAUGUUAAGCCAUUAAAGCAAGUCAAAACCAUAGUUUUGUAAUUACCAAAAAACCCCCAUCAUUUGGUGUAAGUUAGGAAAACAAUAAUAACAUUCAAUGAUCGUUCAUUUUCCAAGUAAAAAACGACAGAAGAAAUGCAGUUAUCAUAUUUAUGUGUUGUUACUUUUUCAUUUGAGUUCCUACGAAAUGAUUCAAGUGAUUUUAGAGUUGUGUUGAAUUAAGGUAAAGGAAAAUUCUAAAAUCAGCCCAGUGGGCUGACAAUAGUGAGAGUGUGAAUGUGUAUUAAAGGGUAUAAAAAAUACACAGAAAUACGUGUUUUCCUUGUCUUAUAGUGUGUUUAUCGUCAGUCCAUUGGGCUGACAAUAGCAAGACCGUAAGGUAAAAAAACAAUUUUCGUUCUAUUAAGCACUUUUAACUUUGACAAAAUUACUAUAACGAGCUAUUCAAAAAACCAAAAAAAAAAGUUCGGGAAAAAUGACUAAAAUGGAAAUGCUCGACGAGGUUCUUUUGCACUCUUUAAAGAACGCACCAAACAACCAGGACAGGGCAGUUGGUCUAGUGAUUGCGUAGCAGAAUUGUUGUGAGGUUGCAGGCUCAAAUUAAAUAAAGAAGAGUGUGACAGCCAUUGCGUUGCGGAUGAGAUUAGGGCUAGGCACCUUAGCUUUGAAUGCCACUACUAAUUAAUGUCCUGAUGCUUUAUAUGUGGAGUGGAACCACUACGAUGAGAGAGAGAGA